CACCUCAACACCGGCCACAGCCAUCCCACAGCGCUCAUUGUCUUUUGUUCGGUCGAACGUCGCUCGCUCAUCGCCUUUUCUCCCCGCUGUGCGGCCAUUGCCACUACGUAUCACACACACCCCUCGACCCCGACAAUGGCUUCUAUCCUCAAGACCCGCAGGAAGAAGAAUGUCAAGAAGGGAAUCCAGUUCUGCCUGAUGGUCUGCGGCGCUUCAGGAACAGGACGGACAACUUUCGUGAACACGCUCUGCGGCAAGAAGGUGCUGGAGCACAAGGACUCGGAUGAUCCGACUGUUGCACACAUUGAAGAGGGCGUCAAGAUUGAACCCAUCACGGUUGAACUCGACGAGGAGGGCACCCGUAUCUCUCUCACCAUUGUUGAUACCCCUGGGUUCGGCGACCAGAUCGAUAACGAGGCCAGCUUUUCAGAGAUCGUCGGAUACCUCGAGAGGCAGUAUGAUGAUAUUCUCGCCGAAGAGUCUCGAAUCAAGCGUAACCCUCGUUUCCGCGAUAAUCGUGUGCAUGUCCUGCUUUAUUUCAUCACCCCUACCGGCCAUGGUCUUCGCGAGCUUGAUAUCGAGCUGAUGAAGCGACUGUCACCCCGCGUCAAUGUUAUCCCCGUCAUCGGCAAGGCCGACUCCCUAACGCCUGCCGAAUUGGCCGAAUCGAAGAAGCUUGUCAUGGAGGACAUCGAACAUUACCGCAUCCCUGUGUAUAACUUCCCCUAUGACAUCGAAGAAGACGACGAGGACACGGUUGAGGAGAAUGCGGAACUCCGUGGGCUGAUGCCCUUUGCCAUUGUGGGAUCCGAAGAUGUCGUCGAGGUCAAUGGCAAACGCGUCCGGGCUCGGCAGUAUCCCUGGGGUAUUGUGGAGGUUGACAACCCCCGUCACUCAGACUUCCUGGCUGUCCGUAGCGCGCUUCUUCACAGCCACCUUGCUGAUCUGAAGGAAAUCACCCACGACUUCCUUUACGAGAACUACCGUACCGAGAAACUUAGUAAGAGCGUCGAAGGUGGUGCGGCUGCUGACUCUUCUAUGAAUCCCGAGGAUCUUGCCAGCCAAUCUGUGCGUUUGAAAGAGGAGCAAUUGCGGCGCGAGGAGGAGAAGCUCCGUGAGAUUGAGAUCAAGGUGCAGCGUGAGAUCAACGAGAAGAGACAGGAGUUGCUUGCACGCGAGAGCCAACUCAAAGAGAUCGAGGCACGGAUGCACCGAGAGCAGAGCGGCCACUUGGAGGAUCACCCGGAGCGCGAGGAGGCGGCGAACUGAGCAAUACGGCUGAUUCCCCGAACCAGUCGCAUUGCGGCCGUGGAUGACGCGCUUAUAGGAGAGCGUGGAAACGGUUCAUUCACUAUCUUCGGCAAUGUCGGUGCCCUUGUUUUUCUACAUGGACUGAGGUGCAAUUCGGGCGAGCAGGGAGGGAAUGGUGGCGGGCUGCGCAGCAAAAGGACGUUUCUUUCCUUCAUCUAUCGCCAGAGUGGUGUUUAGUAUUCCGACAGACACGAGGCUGUCUGCCACUUGUCUUACACAGCCUUUCUUAUGUUUCUUUAACUUCAUUACUUAUUCCCCCUUUUCGAAUUCCACAUAGGAAGGUAGUAAUUGAACCGAGCUAAUCAUACCCCGGUGGUCAACCCAACCUCUCUUUGAUGGUUUUUCUGGUGUAGAUUAGUGGCGAGCAGCUCUUGCUUCCCCGGAGCGGGAC